AUGGUUCGUUUUCUCGCCAGCUUGACGGCCUUCCUCGGCUCCAAGGGUUCGCCUACGCCCGAUGUCCAGGACUGCACGGGCACUAAUGCCAUCAGCAUGAGGUGUGCCUCUGCCGAGGUCCCCUACAUGCGAGAUUUCUUCUACGUUGGUGGUCGCUCCGUCAAAGCUGCUUCUGGUAACAUUACGGUCGAUCAAGUUUACGUGGAGAAACUCACGCCAGCUGGGGGAGUCAUUCAAAAGAACCCUCUUGUUUUCUUUCACGGUGGUGGUCUUUCGGGAAGCACGUGGCUCAACACGCCUGACGGUCGCGAGGGCUGGGCCAGCUAUUUCAUCAAGAAGGGAUACGCUGUGUACUUGGUCGAUAACAACUCUGUCGGUCGCAGCUCCGAGAAUGAUAUCGCGGGCUAUCCUAUGGCCUCUGGAUCGGCUACUGAGACUGUUAUGAAGUUUUUUACGUCGCCUGAAAACUACGAAACUUAUCCUCAGGCCAAGCUUCACACACAGUGGCCCGGUACCGGAGCCGAUGGUGAUCCUGUUUAUGAUCAGUUUAAGAAAUCUCUGAUCCCACUCACUACCAACUUUGUCGGCCAGGAGAACGCUCUCCGCGCGGCUGGCUGUGAGAUGCUUUCUCUGCUAGGCCAAAAGGCUUUCCUUAUUUCUCAUUCGCUGGGAAGCAGAAAUCCCCUUCUUCUUUCUAACGACUGCCCUGAGUACAUCGCUGGUAGCAUCAACCUUGAAGCGGCUACUUCGCCUUUCUGGUCCUACGCAGAGGGCCUUGGCGGUUUCGCAGCAUCCCCUUGGGGACUGACCAACACACCGGUCACUUAUGACCCUCCUGUCAAGGACCCAUCCGAAUUAAAGCACGAAUCGGUUGGAAACGAAACACUGGCUCAUCGUAACUGCUACCUUCAAGUUAAACCUGCGCGCAAGCUUCCUCAGAUCAACAAGGUUCCCUACCUCCUUCUGACUGGCGAAGCUUCUGUCCAUGUCACAUAUGAUCACUGCGCGGUUGACUUCCUCAAGCAAGCAGGUGGCAAGCCUGAAUGGAUCAAGCUGGCUGAUUGGGGUAUCAAGGGUAAUGGUCACUUUUUGCACGUUGAGAAGAACAAUCUCCAAAUUGCUGCCAUUGCAGAUGCUUGGAUUCGGGGUCGGCUGGUGAAGUCUAAAUUGGGUGUUUAA